GGCAAGGCAGCUCCAGGGUUCUGCCCCUUUUCUGUGCCUGUCACCCCAAAUCUGUCCUCCUAGGGUGACCUUGAGCCGCAAAACUGCUGUCCACGUGGACCGGGGCUGACAUCGCACGUCCGUCCGCCAGGACCCCUGUGUCCAAACUCCGAGACAUGGCGACCAACGGCAGCAAGGUGGCCGAUGGGCAGAUCUCCACUGAGGUCAGCGAGGCCCCCGUGGCCAAUGACAAACCCAAAACCCUGGUGGUCAAGGUGCAGAAGAAGGCGGCGGACCUUCCUGACCGGGACACGUGGAAGGGCCGCUUCGACUUCCUCAUGUCUUGCGUGGGCUACGCCAUCGGCCUGGGCAACGUCUGGCGGUUCCCCUACCUCUGCGGGAAAAACGGCGGCGGAGCCUUCCUCAUCCCCUACUUCCUGACGCUCAUCUUUGCGGGGGUCCCGCUCUUCUUGCUGGAGUGCUCCCUGGGCCAGUACACGUCCAUCGGGGGGCUAGGGGUGUGGAAGCUGGCCCCCAUGUUCAAGGGCGUGGGCCUCGCGGCGGCCGUGCUGUCCUUCUGGCUCAACAUCUACUACAUCGUCAUCAUCUCCUGGGCCAUCUACUACCUGUACAACUCCUUCACCACGACACUCCCGUGGAAACAGUGUGACAACCCCUGGAACACAGACCGCUGCUUCUCCAACUACAGCAUUGUCAACACCACCAACAUGACCAGUGCCGUGGUGGAGUUCUGGGAGCGCAACAUGCACCAGAUGACAGACGGGCUGGAUAAGCCAGGUCAGAUCCGCUGGCCCCUGGCCAUCACGCUGGCCAUCGCCUGGAUCCUUGUGUAUUUCUGUAUCUGGAAAGGAGUUGGCUGGACUGGAAAGGUGGUCUACUUCUCUGCCACGUACCCCUACAUCAUGCUGAUCAUCCUGUUCUUCCGCGGAGUGACGCUGCCCGGGGCCAAGGAGGGCAUCCUCUUCUACAUUACGCCCAACUUCCGCAAGCUGUCGGACUCCGAGGUGUGGCUGGAUGCGGCUACCCAGAUCUUCUUCUCGUACGGGCUGGGCCUGGGAUCCCUGAUCGCUCUCGGGAGCUACAACUCCUUCCACAACAACGUCUACAGGGACUCCAUCAUCGUCUGCUGCAUCAAUUCGUGCACCAGCAUGUUCGCAGGAUUCGUCAUCUUCUCCAUCGUGGGCUUCAUGGCCCAUGUCACCAAGCGGUCCAUUGCUGAUGUGGCGGCUUCAGGCCCGGGGCUGGCGUUCCUGGCAUACCCAGAGGCGGUGACCCAGCUGCCCAUCUCUCCCCUCUGGGCCAUCCUCUUCUUCUCCAUGCUGCUGAUGCUGGGCAUUGACAGCCAGUUCUGCACAGUGGAGGGCUUCAUCACGGCCCUGGUGGACGAGUACCCCCGACUCCUCCGCAACCGCCGCGAGCUCUUCAUCGCCGCUGUCUGCAUCAUCUCCUACCUGAUCGGCCUCUCUAACAUCACCCAGGGGGGCAUUUAUGUCUUCAAGCUUUUUGAUUACUACUCUGCCAGUGGCAUGAGCCUGCUGUUCCUCGUGUUCUUUGAAUGCGUCUCUAUUUCCUGGUUUUACGGUGUCAACCGAUUCUACGACAAUAUCCAAGAGAUGGUUGGCUCCAGGCCCUGCAUCUGGUGGAAACUCUGCUGGUCUUUCUUCACCCCCAUCAUCGUGGCGGGCGUGUUCAUUUUCAGUGCCGUGCAGAUGACUCCUCUCACCAUGGGAAGCUAUGUUUUCCCCAAGUGGGGGCAGGGCGUGGGCUGGCUCAUGGCUCUGUCUUCCAUGGUCCUCAUCCCUGGGUACAUGGCCUACAUGUUCCUCACCUUAAAGGGCUCCCUGAAGCAGCGCAUCCAGGUCAUGAUCCAGCCCAGCGAAGACAUCGUUCGCCCGGAGAAUGGGCCGGAGCAGCCCCAGGCCGGGGGCUCAGCCAGCAAAGAGGCCUACAUCUAGGGGCGGGCCGCUCGCCCACCCGGCUCUCUCACCCCCCACCUGGCUGAGCGCGACCACCACUUGAUGUCUGAAGAUAGCUUCUGUCUCAACCUACCUCGAGUGGCGAGUCCAGACACCAUCACCGCGCAGGGAGAGGGAGGUGGGAGGACGGUUAACCCCUGGGUGGGCCCUGCGGUGGGCAAGGGUGCCUGGUGGCCGCCGGCACCCGGUGGGCUGGUGACCUUUUCACCCCAGGCCCCGUAAGCAUCC